AUGGCUAGAGCUAUUGAACAACUCACUGCUUUCUUGACCGAACAAGCGGAAAGAGCCGGGAAUGGAGGUGGACACCAACCGGCAGCGAAGGAUGUUUACCACAGAUUGGACAAGUUUCUGAAACGAGAUCCACCAAAGUUUGAAGGGGGUUACAAUCCCGACGGAGCGUAUGAGUGGAUCCGAGAGUUAAAAAGGAUUUAUGAGACGUUGGUAUGUGCUGACCCGCGUAAGGUUGCUUUUGCUAGUUAUUUAAUUUCAGGAGAAGCUAGGACAUGGUGGACUGGAGUAAGAGGAAGGAUAACUCCAGUGGAAGGAGCCAUAACCUGGGAGAUCUUUAAGAAUGUGUUUCUGGAAAAGUACUUCCCGGCGGAUGCGAAGGGAAGGAAAGAGAUGGAAUUUUUAGAGUUAAAGCAAGGUAUGAUGUCAGUAGGAGAGUAUGCAGCUAAGUUUGAAGAACUGUGUCGGUUCCACCCACAUUAUGGUGCAGCGGCUGAUGAGACCUCAAAGUGUGUCAAGUUUGAAUAUGGACUGAGGCCAGACAUCAGGACUGCUGUGGGACAUGACCAGAUUCUGAACUUUGCUACUCUAGUAGAGAAGUGUAGGAUUUUUGAGGAAAAUGAGAAGUCCAGGAAGGAGUACUUGAAGGGAGAAGGUGUUAAUAAGGCGCCGAAGAAGAAGGAAGGAAGAAGGAAGCCCUACUUUAGGCCACCCGAGCAAGUAAGAAAUCAGUUCGGAAAUCGAACAGGAGGAUUUGGAUUCCACAACAGGACAAGUGGAUUCAAUCCUAGCAAUCCAUUCUGCGUAAGGUGCCGAAAGAAUGGACACCGCGCUCCGGAGUGUAGAGCCGUGUUAGGGGAACAGGCUAGUACACAGGCUAGCGGAAAUGGGAAUCGAAACCCUACCGCUACAACAGGCGAGGGAAGUAGCAAAGGUGCACCGACACCAAAGGAUAACCGGAAGUUUGGACGACCUGUGAAUAAGAGGAAAGUGUUUGCAAUGACACUGGAGGAGGCAGUUGAGGCGCCAGAACUUAUCCAAGGUACGUGUUAUGUUAAUAGUUUUCCUUUAAGUGUUUUAUAUGAUUCGGGUGCAACGCAUUCGUUUAUAUCACAAGAGAGGGUCAAACAAUUAGGUAUACCAGUGACAAGUUUGGCGUGGGACUUAGAAGUAAGUACCCCAACUAGAAAUACCUGUAGAACCUCGAAGGUUUGUAGAGACUGUAGGUUAGAAACCUUAGGAAGAACCUUUAGGCAAGACUUAGUGUGCUUACCCUUAGAAGGAUUAGAAGUAAUAUUAGGAAUGGAUUCGCUAGCGGCCAAAGAUGCAACCCUGAACUGUAGGAGGAAGACGGUUACUUUUGGGACUAGCGAAGGAAACGCUAAGCGGACUAAGCGAACCGAAGAGGUAGGAAAAGCGCCCGAGAGCGAAUCGAACGUACUUUUAGGAGCACUAGAUGCGGAUAGGGACGACUUAGGUAUAGAAGGGAUACCCGUAGCAAGGGAGUUUCCCGACGUUUUCCCCGAGGAAGUAUCUGAGUUACCACCAGAAAGAGAAGUCGAGUUCUCUAUAGACUUAGUUCCUGGAACGGGAUCUAUCUCUAUAGCCCCGUAUAGGAUGUCACCGGUGGAACUAGCGCAGUUGAAGAAGCAAGUGGAGGAGCUUAUGGAUAAGAAGUUUGUGCGGCCGAGUGUAUCCCCUCGGGGAGCACCAGUUCUUUUGGUAAAGAAGAAAGAUGGUGGCAUGAGGUUAUGCGUAGACUAUCGACAACUAAACAAGGUGACCAUCAAGAAUAAGUACUCGUUGCCUAGGAUUGAUGAUUUGAUGGAUCAGUUAAGAGGAGCUGAAGUCUUCUCCAAGAUAGAUCUGCGAUCCGGAUACCAUCAAAUUCGAGUGAAGAAAGAAGACGUACCGAAGACGGCCUUUCGGACAAGAUAUGGGCAUUAUGAGUAUUUAGUCAUGCCGUUCGGAGUGACUAAUGCACCUGCGAUAUUCAUGGACUACAUGAAUCAUAUCUUUAACCCGUAUCUCGACAAGUUUGUUGUGGUCUUCAUUGAUGAUACUCUGAUCUACUCGAGGAGCAAGUGA